AUGGCAGCCGAAAUAAAGCCAGUGCCUGUGAAUAAACAAGGAAACGUGAGAAAGCCCGUUCUGCUGAGUAAAUUAGAAGGAUUUAACGAUGACGUUAAUAUGGCUGUAAUAAUUCCUAGAGAAGACGGUGUUAUCACGGUCAGCGAUGACAAGACACUGAGAGUUUGGCUAAAAAGAGACACUGGUCAGUAUUGGCCGAGCAUUUGUCAUACCAUGCCUUCUGCAGCAUCUUCUCUUGCUUACAAUGGUGAAACCAGGAGGUUAUUUAUAGGGUUGGACAAUGGAACAAUAACGGAGUUCCUGAUGGCUGAAGAUUUCAACAAGACAACACAUACACGAGACUAUCUAGCACACCAGAGUCGUAUACAUGGUGUGAAGUUUUCUGUGAGCUGUGAGUGGGUAUUGAGCUGUGGCCGUGACAAAUACUUCCAGUGGCACUGUUCGGAGACGGGUCGGAGAUUGGGUGGCUACCUAGCGAAUGCCUGGUGUCUCUGCCUUGAAUUUGAUGAACAGUCAAAAUAUGCUUUUGUAGGGGAUUACUCUGGUCAGAUUUCCGUAUUAAAGAUUAGUAACACCAAUUUUGAAUUGAUUGUUACACUGAAGGGUCAUUCUGGAAGUGUACGAUCGCUGGCCUGGGAUGCUGAGAAAAGCCUUCUAUUCUCCGGAAGUUUUGACCAGUCAGUGAUUGUGUGGGAUAUAGGAGGUCGGCAGGGCACAGCCUUUGAACUUCAAGGUCACCAUGACAAAGUAGCAGCAUUAGCUUACUCGACAGGUUGUAAACAGUUGAUAUCUGGUGGAGAUGAUAUGGUGCUUGGUAUUUGGAGUAUGGAUGUGAAACGAAUAGAGACUCCUUCUUGGACAGAGAAUGACAGCUGUGAAAAAUGUAAAGCACCUUUUUUCUGGAACGUCAAGAAGAUGUGGGAGGAACGAACAAUAGGUAUAAGACAGCAUCACUGUAGGAAGUGCGGAAAAGCAAUAUGUGCCAAAUGUAGCAGUAAAAAAUCCACUUACCCUCCAAUGGGGUUUGAGUAUGAAGUCAGAGUAUGUGAUCAUUGCCAUGAAAGUAUCACAGAUGAGGAGCGGGCUCCCUUAGCUACAUUCCAUGAAAGCAAACACUGUAUAGUUUACAUGCACUUGGAAGAGCAUCGCAAGCGUCUUCUCACAGUAGGAAAGGAUAAGGUUGUUAAAAUCUGGGAUGUGAGUAGCGUCCUCCACUAAAGUGGUACUCUCAACAUUUGAUACACCAUGGUCCAUUUAGAGAUAAUCAGCUAUCGUCAUGAAAACCAGCCCUAACUAGAGGAAAUCCAAAGACAUUUGACUGACUGAAUCCAAAGACAGUUGAGUGCAUGGCUGUUCUGAAAAUCAUUCCUGUUUGGGUUGGCAAUUGUGAAUGAUUGGCUGAAUUCAAAGACAAUUUAUCACAUGGCUUCUUGGGUUAGACAUUGUAAAAGUGGCAUUCUUUGCUAUUUAAGAUGAUUGAAGUCUAGUGAACUUUGAGGUUAGAAACAUCAGUAUAAGCUAAAUAUAUGAUAUUAAAUACGUUUUCUAUAUCCAAGGGUUUUCCUCUCUAUAUACCUUACCUUCUGUUCAACAUUGGUUUAUGUCAGGACAAAAUUAAAGGCAAUAUAACAUUUAGCUCUAUACACUGUAGACUGACAGCUAUACUGUCUGAGAUGUGUGGUUCGACAAUUCCUACCCAUGAUGGUUCAUGUUUCUCGGGUAGCUGAUAAACUGACUAUUCUGUGCUGAAGCGUUUGUGUUCAGAAGCAAGACACUUUACCCUAAUUUCUCUGGAUGGCAUGCAAUGGGCCUCCCAUAUGUUGUUCGGAGAGGUAGUGACCAGCUACUACAAGGAGACCCCUUCAGCAUGACCCAGGUUGUUCACAAUAAAUCACACAAACUAGCAAAACUUAUAUAGCACAUACGGUUUUCUUUUUUACAUUGACUUUUAAUUCAAUGAUACAAAAAAGAUAAGUAUAUUGUAAGCAAAACCCUUGGAUAUUGCAGAUGGAUAUUAAGACCACUCAGACAGCAUUGUAGAUUCUAUGUAAAUAUUAUUACUUAAACCGGACAUUGUCCAUAAUUAUCAUUGCUCUACAUCAAAUGUGAGGCUGUGAGAUUUCACAUGAACACAUGAACUUAUGUUAUGAGAAUGUGUUUCAUCGUGGUCAAUAUGUGAGGUUUACUUGAAUAAGAGACAGAAGUAUGUAUGUUCAUUGUGUAACUAUGAAUUAUAAAUUAUUCAACGACAACGUUUCAAUGCAUAACAAGUCAUAGGAAUGUACAGCAUGACUUCAGCUGGAUAACUCUUAUUUAUAAUAAGUGUGAUACUUCGUUAUUAUGAGAUGACAACCUUUUAAAAAAUUAAUGUGUUGGAUACAUUUUAUGAUGACAGACAUUUUCAGAAAUUAAAAAGAUGAAUUUGUUUGUGGAGUUACCAAAGCAAGGACAUCGGACAUAUAUUAUGCAGUAUCUAUAUAGGAAUAAGCCCAUGUCUGGUAAUAAGACCAUCCUUCUUUAUAUUAUGUUGGCACUUUGGGCAUAUUUCAGAAUACAAUUCAUGUAUAUUGCUAUUUCUAAUAGUUUCCAGAUGUUAGUUAUAUUGGCCUACAUAACCUUGGGUGAAGAUCUCAGGUGUGUGGUUCAAUGCACCAUACCUGUGGUGGUGUUACUUUCUCAGGAGCAGUCUGUGCUCAAGUUAUUGUGUCUCAAGUCAAGACACUUUACUCUGAUUGCUGAAGGUGGCAGGUGGCAGACCUUCUGUAUAUUGUUCAAUGAGGUAGCCACUGAGACUCUGCCUCCCUAGCUGUGGGAGAUAAACCCUAACAAUACUAAUGAUCAUUCGUACCUGAUCAGGUCAAAUUUCCAAACUUUUUGCUAUGUGGGAAUUUUAAUCAUGAAUAGUUUGAAUUGAAACAUCAGCCUUUUGACUGAGAAAACCAGAGCUGUUAUGGUUGUCUUCAUUGAAUUAGGAAGACACAUUGAAGUUCAUUUCAUCUUUGUAUACAAAACUUAGCACUGUUAAAAAUGUCCACAUUGACAUUCUAUGGAUUCUAAACUAGCACUAUCAAACUUGUUGUACUUCUAAAACCUGUAUAAUUACUUGAUGGUCAUGCACUGUUAAUGUAUCUACACUCAGUCACAUUCUUACAUAGGCCAUAUCAACGUAACCUGAUUGAAAUGGUUCACAUGUACCGAAUGUCGGACCUGUUAUAUGUAAAGCUCAAAAUUCACAGUUUCGCAAUUUCCAGUCAAGCAUAAAUCAAUUAACUUACAUUAAGAUACCCUCCAUUUCACUCCAUAGCACAAUGCUCCCUGGACAGGUACGGCUGGACCCCUCAAACUGCACGUGCCAAAUAUCGGUCCCGAUAUGUACUUUACGGGCCAACCUGUCCAACCAUUUCUACAGCUUACGCGAAAGCGCCCAAAGAAAAAAACAUAUAUAAAGUAGUGGUGCUUCCUCUUGUUGUUAGCUCCCCUUGUGUGUCACAUGUUCAAAUUUUACCUCAAAUACGUAUAAAAGAGAUUAUUUUAUUUUUAAACAUUUUAAAAAGUUGACAGAUUUGUUUAAAAAAAAUUAUAAAAAUUUGGUAAUUGUUAAAUCAAUGCAGAUCGCGUAAAAUAAUAUAUAUGAAAUAAUGUACAAAUGUAUAUACUGUACAUCUUUUCACAAUUAUCACUUUGAUGUAAAUAAAAAGUAUCUAUGCUGGUACAACACAGGUAAUUAUAAUAUAUCAUAUGUAUCUCUGUCAACUCUUAGGCUAUCUGUGGAAGCUGGAGAAAUCAAAUUAAUGGACGUCUUCUAUUGCUCUGUUGGAAAUCCUUGCCUUUUGGUCAAGGUCGUAUGAAGGUAUAAAUUUGGUUCCAUUUUAUUUUUCUGUUUAACUUCAAUCGAUAUUUGUCUGUGAUAUAAACAGAGAGCAUGCUUCACAAAUGCUCAAAUUGAACUCAAAUGAAUAGAUUUGAAAAAAAAACUAUAUUCAUAUAUAGAUACGUGAGUUGUGUAUCUUGAUGCACAAAUUCAUUGGUUGAACAACUUUUUACUCCGUAUGAAUUAUUUGUAGUACAGUACAACAAAGUUUAUAACUAAAGUUUGAAAACAAGUUUUGAUAGUUCUUAACUUGUUCAGUCAGUAUGUUUAGCACAGGUCGUGCUCUAAAUCCAUUUGUUUCUUUAUAUGAGAAUUCAGUAUUCUAGUCAAUGAAGGAAACUAGUUUAUAAACUAGGAAUCAUAUCACUUCACCUUUCCUCCUAUAUAUAUGUAUGACAAAAAUUUUGAGGUCAUUGAUGUGUCACCAAUGUUUAUUCAAACUGCCCUGUAUGCAAAUAUCGACAGAUCACUGAGGUGUGACCAUCGUAAUUAAAACCUUCCUGUAUGUUAACAUUAAUGAAUCAUUCAAGCUUGACUGAUAUCAUGUAAAACUUCAGUGUUGAUUGAAUGUUCAAACAGGAACAGUAUUCAUGAAACUGACUUUGUGAAUGGGAUGUUAGAUGAGAGGUACAUUCUAAAUAGUUCUAUAAAUUUCUCCUUUAUAAUUAACUUCUCCAAAUUUUAUCAUGCGUGUUAUUUGAAAUGGUGUUGAUAUUUCUGUUGUAUGGAUCUUCCUUCCUUUUGGCUGAAAAUUUUUAUGACAAAUUCAUUAUUUACAGCAACAAAGUUAUAACUUGUUUAUAUUAAUUCAGUCAUGAUGUCAUGUUUAUGUAGAGUGGAAUAUAAACACCAAGAAGACUUCUUUUCAUUGGUUAUCAGUUGGCAUUGGAUGUCUGUCAUUGGUCAAACUAGGUACACUUGUCACUAUAUAUGUUUGGUCAUUAUGAAGUCAUGUUUUGUUAACGGCAAAUUGUUACAGUAGUUUGAUGAGUUUUUGUUUGUUACAAUCAUCCAGAUGACGGCCGCAUAGCGGUCAAAAAAUAUGUUGAUGAUACACAUACACAAGAAUCCUUUAUCAUACUCAUGGACCAAGGAAAAGAUUCUUCACAUUUAUAACACUAAAAACUAAUAAAUUUUGAUUUUUGGAUAAUUUAGGAAAACUUUUGAGAUAGAUGAUUUUUUUUCUCUAUAUUCAUCCCAUUCUUUAGACGUUUUAAAUAUAUAUAUAAACGUUAUUAUUGUAGGUUCUUAAAUUUGAAAUAUUGAAGUUUGUAAGGCAAGUUCUAUAAAGACGGCUGUGAUAGGGAAAUAUGAGCUCACUUGUCAGGUUUCUGUAAAACAUGAGAUUAUGAUAUAAUGCGGCAUUUGGUGAUAGCACUUAUAUAUCUUCAAUAACAUAUUAAGUAAACCUGUAUUUACAUGAACUGUUAAAAGUAACAAUGUUUACAUUGUUAGUGGACUCCGAAAGUUAUCUCCCUUGAGUAGAAUUUUUUUACCAAGAAGAUGAUCUGUUUGGUAUAGCAAUGACAAUGGCAUUGUCAUUUGAUGGCUUUAAUAUCAAAUGUACUGUGUUUCCUGCGACUUAUUUUUAAAUAUUGACAGUCUUUGUUAGAUUAACCUUUGCUACAGAAAUAUAAGUGUUAAUCUUUUGUCCAAACCUAGUACAGGUUUGUAUGUUUUCACAUUUAGGCAUAAAAUGAUGUGUUAGUUUUGAACUUUGAGUGCUUUUUAGGGCUGGAAUAGUAAUCAUGCUCAGUAUUAAAAGAUAAGAUUUUUUGCAGUAGUAUUUUCAUAUUGUCUUUAUUUGCCCAGAAAUCAGUUAUUCAAAAUGGUUUCCUUUUUAAUGAGCUUUUUUUCUGAAAGAAUGGGAUGGCUCAUUUUGUGUACAGUUGGGGCAAGUAUGUGACUACUGCCACUCUCAAAGUUAUCUCCCUUGAGUAGAAAUGUUCACCACAUUCUGUGAAUGAAAGAAAGAAUACUUGUGUUGCUUUAUUAAAAGGUUUCUGACAAAAGGUGAGAAAAGUGUUGUGUAAUACCCCAAACUGUGAAUGGGUGAAAUCAUUUAAUUAGAAUCAUGUAUUUAUGAAACAGAAAUUUUAGUCUUGUUGCAAUAUAAGCUUUAAGCUGGCUUUUGUUUAUCAAUUGUGUUUGUUUGCAUUGACCUCUGUUUGUGUGCUGUUACUGAAUUUGUUCUUUUCAAAUUUAGUGACUAACUUGGAUUAAAUAAAGAUACACAUAAAAGA